AUGUUGUCUAACUGGUUUGCUCAACCUGAAGGCAGUGGCCACUCUUCUGCCGAUGAGGCGAGAGUCGGCGACAAUGACGAAGAUACCCAGGUCGUGGAGCCCGAUCAGGGUAAUGUUCUAUACCACAUCAUUUCGCAACUGCGACCAGGCGCCGAUCUCAGUCGAGUCGUUCUACCUACCUUUAUCCUCGAGCCUCGAAGUAUGCUGGAAAGAAUAACUAACUUCAUGUGCCACCCCGAAAUGCUUCUUCAAAUACCUACUAUAGACGACCCUGUCGAGCGAUUCGUUUCAGUAGUCAAGUUUUAUCUCAGUGGAUGGCAUAUCCGGCCCCCAGGAGUCAAGAAGCCGCUUAACCCGGUUUUGGGCGAAAUAUUUACUUGUUACUGGGAUCUCGAGAACGGCAAGCGGGCAUAUUACAUUUCUGAGCAAACUUCGCAUCAUCCCCCGAAAUCAAGCUACUUCUACAUGGCCCCGGACUACCACAUUCGCAUCGACGGUACACUGAAACCAAGAAGCAGAUUCCUUGGCAACUCCGCUGCUAGUCUUAUGGAAGGGAUCGCUUAUCUGAGCUUCUUGAACAGAGGAAAAGACAAGACGGUUGGGGAGCAAUACAUCCUGACUCAACCGAACAUGUAUGCUCGCGGCAUUAUCGUUGGAAAAAUGAAGUAUGAGCUUGGCGACCACAGCGUUGUACGAUGUCCCGAGCUGGAUUUGACGGCAGACAUUGAAUUCAAAACCAAAGGGUGGGUUAGUGGCACCUACAACGCCAUAGGGGGAGCUAUCAAAAAGGAAAGCACGGGCGAGGUGCUCUAUGAGCUGUCAGGCCUCUGGAGCAAUGAAAUGUUCAUCAAAGAUGUGCAUACUGGACAAAAGGACAUGUUCUUCAACGCCAUCAAGUCGAAGCCGAGCUCACCCAAGGUCCGACCACUAGCAGAACAGGAAGAACGGGAAUCACAGAGGCUGUGGGCUUCAACUGCAAAGGCUGUCAAGGAAACAAACCACGAAGCAGCCACCGAUGAAAAGACCAAGAUCGAAGACAGACAGCGACAGGAGGCCGCUGCUAGGGCGCAGGAUGGCGUCGACUGGCACCCGCGUCUAUUUCGACGGGUCAAGAGUGGCGAUGGUGUUGGAGAUGACCUCGAAUGGAUUAUCCACACCCCAGUAGACCCUACCGCAUCACCUGAAGAGCAAACAAAGCAGGUAUUGUCGAUAUACCCCGUGGUAGACGGACAAAAGCUGGACGGUGACCUUGCGAUCCCACCUCGAAAGGAGGCCAAUGGCCAAGCAGAGAAGCCCGACUCAGAGGGUGACCUCAUCGACGUUGGUGGUGAUGAAGCGCCAGCACAGACGCCAGCACAGACUACACAGACUCCAGCAGCAAAGACGCCGACUGAAAUUGAGACCAUGCUCAACUCAACAGGAAAGCCGGCGGAAGGACCCUUACUCGACUUUGCCGACGAUAUGAAGAAAGAUUUACCAGCUACAGAGGGGAAGCCUUAG